AUGUGUCAAUGGGUUGGUGUCUCUUGCAGUGCGCGCCAUGGAAGGGUCACUGCCUUGAAUCUUUCGAACAUGAGACUCCAAGGAAUCAUAUCUCCACACCUCGAAAAUCUCUCAUUCCUAAUUUCUCUAAACAUCUCAUUCAACAAUUUUCAUGGCCCUCUACCAAAGGAGUUGGGAAAGCUGCCCCGACUUAAGCGAAUUACUGUUUAUCAUAAUAGCUUCUCUGGUAUCAUCCCUCAUUCCUUGUUCAACAUGUCAAAGCUGGAGAUUAUGGAUUUAGGAGAUAACCUUAUUGAAGGGAGCGUCCCAUUUGAGGGAGGCCAGCUUCCCAGCUUGAAACAACUAUCUGUUGAAUACAACAGGCUUUCAGGCUCUUUACCAAAUGUUAUGUGCAAAUGUCUUCAAAAGGUUGAGACAUUAUCAUUUGUAAAUAACACGUUUGUUGGAACCAUACCUAGGUGUAUCGGGAGCUUGACUAAGCUUAAGGACUUAUAUCUAAGUUCCAACAAUUUAACAGGUGAUCACAUUCCGCAAGAACUGGGUAAUCUUGUUGAAUUGGAGAUACUCGUCAUGAUGAAAAUGGGAGUCGGAGGUCCAAUUCCGUUUUCGAUCUUCAACAUCUCUUCUCUAAAAAUUAUCAAAUUGCAUGGAAAUAACUUAGUUGGGAGUCUUCCAGUGGAUAUAUGCUACCAUCUUCCUCUACUUCAGGGGAUUUAUCUUGGUGAAAAUAAGCUUACAGGAGGGAUACCUAAAAGUAAAAUCCCCUCGGAAGUUGGGCACCUGCAAAACAUGGAGGCACUAGUAUUGGUGUCAAACAACCUCACCAACAACAUUCCAUCUAGUAUUUUCAACAUUUCAACACUAAAAGCCCUCUCACUAUCGGAAAACCAACUUACAGGAAAUCUUCCAUCAAGCAUAGGUCAUACUCUUUCAAAUCUUGAGGAAAUUUAUCUAUCGAAUAAUCAACUUAGCGGCCCAAUCCCAGGCUCCAUCUCCAAUGCUUUCAAACUCAGCUUGAUAGACUUUGGAGAAAACUCCUUCACUGGAAUUAUUCCCACCAAUCUCGGCAACUUGAGAUCCCUUGAGUGGCUUAGCCUUGGAUCCAAUGACUUGGCUGGUGAAUCAUCUUCCCAAGAAUUGACGUUUCUCUCUUCCUUGACGAAUUGCUGGAAUUUAAGACUUCUUCAGUUAGCAUACAAUCCAUUGAAUGGUACUCUUCCUAGUUCUAUUGGCAAUUUCUCUUCGGCACUUGAAAUCAUUAAUCUAAUACAUUGA